CGUAAUGCGUGACGCAUUGCAACGACAAAUUCGAAUUCGUUCCAUUUCGUAUUGUUGCCGACGCCAUCUUGGAAAUUUUUGCUUUCCGGAAAUUGCGAGUUCUUUUUCUUUCCAUUUUAACAUUUUUCGUACAAAUUUUCAUAAUGAAAACUCGCGUAACGAAGAAGUAUUAUUCUCAAAUUUUAUAAUCCAGUUUUUAAAGAGACACGGAAUUGUUUUGGAAACUUCUUGUGCUCAAAAAAUUAACAAGAAGCAAAAGAAAAGAAAGGAAGAAGUAUUAUUCUCAAAUUUUAUAAUCCAGUUUUUAAAGAGACACGGAAUUGUUUUGGAAACUUCUUGUGCUCAAAAAAUUAACAAGAAGCAAAAGAAAAGAAAGAUUUAACUGAUUGUGAGCACUUAAAGCCAGGAGUUGUGUGACAUCAUUUAGGCUUCUGACAUACCAAUAGAGCAGCUAUGUGACAUGUAUGUAUGAAAAUUACUUUGUGGAUAAUCAACUCAAUGGUUAUCUGCUCCACACACCUUCCUUUAGAAAAUGUUGAUAUUGAACUUUGUCACUGCAAUCUUUUAACAAACAUUUCCAUUAUGACAAAGAGCAUGCAACAUUUUCUUCUAUAAAUGGUCAGUGAACUACUUUACUUUACUUUUAUAUUCCCGGGACCAUUUUAAUUUUAAAUUUUGUAAAAAUUGGCAUUCAGAGUUUGAUUUUACUUGAUGUUCAUUUUGGAUUAAUCAGUCCUAUGUUAAUUAAGCACAAUAAAAUUAGCUUUAUCAUAUUUAAUGUAAUAGAGA